AACAAAUGCAAAUUCAACAGCAACAAAUCCAAAUUCAACAGCAAGCAGACUCAAGGAUGCAAAACAUGGAGAAUCAAUUGGGGCAGAUUGCAAAGGCUUUAUCUGAGGAGUCCGAUAGAUCCCAUCCUAGCGACACAGAAGCCCAACCCGAGGAGACCAAUAUGGAUGAUCACGUGAGCGAGUCAGACUAUGAUGGUGUGAAUAUGAUGGAUGAUACACUUCCUGAUGUUUUUGAAGACCCUGAUGAGAACGGUGUUAACGAGAGUUGGGAUGCCUUCAUGGGGAGUGAUACAGAGUCUGGAGGAGAGGUUGUGAAUGUUCAUGAUAUUUGUGAGGAAGAAGAAGACUUUUGUAUGGUGCAAUUUGAUUACGGUGUUGCUCCUACUCCUUGCUUUGAGACAUCUUUUGAGCUUCCGGUGAUACCUAGAGUAAUCAAAGUGUUCACUCAUGUUUUCUGUCCAACUGAAGAGGAUGAGAGUUUCAUACUUCACUUCUGUGCUGAUGAGGGUUAUGAAGACCAUGUGCUGCCUUCGUGGGCUGACGAAUUUAAAGAUCUGCGCCACUUAAUGACAUUUGUUGAGAGGAAGCUGGAGACGUUGACUAUAAGUGCACCACUACAGUCUUUGCUAUUGGAGAGUCUAUGGGGUAGUUGUGUCGGGCAAACGACGUUAAAAAUAGCGCUUCUCGGGAGGCAACCCGAGCUUUUUUUCUGCUUUUGUUUUUGCUUUUGCUUUGUUUGUUGUUUGGUUGUUUUGCUUUGUGUUUUUUUUUUGCAGCUCAGGGUCUUGUUGUAUGGAUGAUGUGCCGAGGAUUACAUUGACUCAGUUUAGUUCUGCAUCGACCAAUGCCUUAGGGAAGUUUCUUUGAACUCUUUUACUCGCUUGUUGAAAUAUUGACUUGAGUUAAGUUGAGCAUGCGUGACCCUAUCCUCUUUACCCCCUUGUGCAUAGUGCAUUUUUGGUCAUCGAGGACGAUGCCAAAGUUUAAGUGUGGGGGAGUGAAUUGGGCAUUCGGGCAGUGGUUGUUACAUGAGAUUUAUUAGAGUUAGCAUGCGCAGGUGUUAGUUGUAUAUUCAUAGGAAAUUCAUGCAAAAUUUUUGAAAUUUUUUCUUUAAACUGUGUCUUUGUGAGCUGGCUAGCAUUUUGACUAUACUUUUAGAGCAUCCUUGAAGUGUUUAGGCUUAAAUUGCUUGCACUAUAAUCUAGUUGUUGAAAGGAUGAAGGCAUUAGUCACCCAUUGAAUUAAUCCAUAAAUCAUCCACCCCACCUGAAAAAGUCCUUUAGGAAAAGCCAUUUUGAGCCGACCAUUCUUUGUUUACCCAAUUAAUUUAGCUCCAUAGCCAAAUGGCCUGUGUUCCUUACUCGUGAAUAUUUCUGACUUAGUCUUGAUGUUUAGGGAAUUAAGGGAUUAAUUUGCCAAGUUUAGGGAAUUUUGUGUAGGAGCCAUUUUUGGCACUGUUCCUAUGCCCCAAAUGGGGUAAGAGCAGUCACUUUUUAGGAAUUUGAUACUUUCGAGGAUUGCAUUGUAGGCAUGGAUUCACUUUUAAAUUAAUGAACUUAAAAUUGCUAUUUUUCCUUGGUGAGGCCGAGAUUAGAAUGGGGUAAUGUCUAGUGAGAAUCCGAAAGGUGAAAAAUUAAUAUAGCUAGACCUCUUACUUUGCGAAAAAGAGAAUGAGAGCCCCAGUCAAAAAGCGUAAGAUGAGACUUGGGUAUCUUUCGAAAGAAACAGCGUUCUCGUGCCAACAUGACAAGGAAAACUAAACAUAAUUAAUGAAUUUGGAGGCUAUCUCAAAAUUUAGCUUUAGUCCUCCGCGUACUUCAAGUAUACGGCAAAGCGCAAAUGUGCCGAGACGGUUUAGCUUAGUUGUACACCAUGUCUACUCUUUGCAUAGGUUUAAAUGAUUGUUCCUAAAUUGUGGCCUACUGAGUUCCUUGAUCCUAAGAAUAGCCCUGAAGUUCCCGAAUGCAUUGAGUCUUUGUUAGAAUAUUCCAAUCUCUCAAAAGAAAGGGACUGUUUAUUACCAUUCAUCAUUCACCAUCACCUUCACAAGUCCUUCUGAUCAAUAGCUAGUUUAUUUGUGUAUGCUAUCAUUACUCUAAGGAUGUUGUGAAUACUUUGUCAAAUAGUUUAGCUUGAAUACAAAGAUGUAGUUUAGGGAAGAAUUUUCUUGGUUUAGUCUGCCUGUUCUGUGAAUAUUCCUCUAACUACGUGUGCAUGCUAAUUAUUUUGAUUCCGUGUGGUGAUUAUUGUAAGUCCCGUUGUUUAGUUUGCUUGAGGACAAGCAAAGGCUUAAGUGUGGGGGAAUCUGAUAAGUCCGUAUUUAGACACGCAUUUGAUGCGUGUUGGGAUCGACUUUUGAUGGUUUUCCUAGCUUUAAGGUGUUACAAGUCUCAAUUUUAGCUCAAGUUAUGUUUAACAGGCGUUGGUUCGAGUUUUGUGUCAUUUGGAGUCAAAAUCAGGAUUUUAGAGUUCAACAUCGGCACUUGAGGAGCAAUCGGGAUGAUUCGAGAUGCAUUUGAGUGUUGAUUUGAGAGCUAUGGAGGUCACCGGUAGGUUUACGAUGAAGAUUUAAUGACAAAAGAGCUCUAGGAUUGGCUAUGGGAUCAAAAAAAGAUGAAUGAAGCUUGAAAACGACGAUCAGGAUGACCUUCUGUCAAUCGGGCAAGCAUAUCUCUUUGUAGAAGCAUCCAAUGAACACGAUUCAAAGUCCACAUGAAAGCCAACUUCAAGAUCUACAAAUCAUAUGAAGACAUCUUUCCUAGAAUCUGAGAGGAAGAAGAUGAAAACAGACGAUGAAGUCAGAUGAUCUCUGCUGCGAUCUCAGAAUGACACCUUCCACCGUUUUGAUCAUAUCUCUUGAUUGGAUGAUUCAAAUCACAUUCGGCAAAUUGGGUUGGAUAGAAGACUUCAUCAUCUACAACUUUCAUGAAGAAAGUUUUGUCAAAUUCGGAAGUUUUACGCACGCCGUGCGUCCGGGUACGCACGCCGUGCGUCCAAGGCGUUAAAUUGAAGGGAGCUACUGGCAGCAACGCACGUCCGUGCGUCCGGGUACGCACUCCGUGCGUUCAAGGCAUUAAAAUGGCGAAAGGCUACUGGCAGCAACGCACGGACGUGCGUAGGGGAACGCACUCCGUGCGUUGCCUAUUUUCACGCGCAGGUCCGUCGGACGCACGGCAGCAACGCACGCCGUGCGUAGGCUCCGUGCGUACCGCGGAUCUGUCCUUUUUCGACCCAAACUCAUUGUUUUCUAUAAAUAAAGCCUCCCUAACCCC